AUGAGAGCCCUGAACAACAACAAUAUCAUUGCCAUAUCCAAUUAUGAUAAGCAGAUUUCCGAUAUUCUGGAGAAAAAGGGCGAAGGAAAACUUCAAUAUAAUCUGGAUUCCGGCAUUGUUUGUCACAGGUAUGUUUAACUGUCGGCCUCGUCAUCAGUAUGUCUUGCUAAGAGAAGCAGGCAUUCAUACAAUCUGUGAACAAAGCGUAUCAGGUCGUCAUUGCAGCAAACUUCGGUAGGAAGGGGUCGGCAUUUAUGGCUUGGGCAGCACGUAUUCUCGCUUUUCAUCUCGAUCAUAUUUCACAAAUGAAGCAAUGA